GGGGAGAAGCCCUAUAAAUGCUUUGAGUGUGGGAAAUGCUUUGCUCUCAGCUCACACCUUAAGCGGCAUCAACGAAUCCACACUGGGGAGAAGCCCUAUAAAUGCUUAGAGUGUGGGAAAUGCUUUGCUCUCAGCUCACAUUUUAAGCAGCAUCAACGAAUUCACACUGGGGAGAAGCCCUUUAAAUGCUUAGAGUGUGGGAAAUGCUUUGCUCUCCGCUCACACCUUAAGCGGCAUCAACGAAUCCACACUGGGGAGAAGCCCUAUAAAUGCUUUGAGUGCGGGAAGACCUUUGCUCGGAGCACACAGCUUAAGCUGCAUCAAGGAAUUCACACUGGGGAGAAGCCCUAUAAAUGCUUUGAGUGUGGGAAGACCUUUGCUCGGAGCACACAGCUUAAGCAGCAUCAAGGAAUUCACACUGGGGAGAAGCCCUAUAAAUGCUUAGAGUGUGGGAAGACCUUUGCUCGGAGCACACAGCUUAAGCAGCAUCAAGGAAUUCACACUGGGGAGAAGCCCUAUAAAUGCUUUGAGUGUGGGCAGACCUUUGUUCAGAGUUCAAACCUAAAGCAGCAUCAAGGAAUUCACACUGGGGAGAAGCCCUAUAAAUGCUUUGAGUGCGGGAAAUGCUUUGCUCAGAGUAGCUACCUUAAGCGGCAUCAACGAAUCCACACUGGGGAGAAACCCUAUAAAUGCUUAGAGUGUGGGAAGAGCUUUGCUCAGAGCAUACACCUUAAGCUGCAUCAACGAAUUCACACUGGGGAGAAGCCCUUUAAAUGCUUUGAGUGUGGGAAGAGCUUUGCUCAGAGCAGCAGCCUUAAGCUGCAUCAAGGAAUUCACACUGGGGAGAAGCCCCAUAAAUGCUUUGAGUGCGGGAAGAGCUUUGCUCAUGGUAUACAACUUAAGAGGCAUCAAAGAAUUCACACUGGGGAGAAGCCCUAUGAAUGCUUUGAGUGCGGGAAGAGCUUUGCUCAGAGCUUCAGCCUAAAGCUGCAUCAAAGAAUUCACAGGGAGAAGCCCUAUAAAUGCUUAGAAUGCGGGAAGAGCUUUGCUCAGAGCACACUCCUUAAGCGGCAUCAAAGAAUUCACACCAGGGAGAAGCCCUAUAAAUGCUUAGAAUGCGGGAAGAGCUUUGUUCAGGGUAUACAUCUUAAGCAGCAUCAAGGAAUUCACACUGGAGAGAAGCCCUAUAAAUGCUUAGAAUGCGGGAAGAGCUUUGCUCAGAGCACACUCCUUAAGCGGCAUCAAAGAAUUCACACCGGGGAGAAGCCCUAUAAAUGCUUAGAAUGCGGGAAGAGCUUUGCUCAGGGUAUACAUCUUAAGCGGCAUCAAGGAAUUCACACUGGAGAGAAGCCCUAUAAAUGCUUAGAAUGCGGGAAGAGCUUUACUCUGAGCUCACACCUUAAGCGGCAUCAAAGAAUUCACACUGGGGAGAAGCCCUAUAAAUGCUUAGAGUGCGGGAAGAGCUUUGCUCAGGGUAUACACCUUAAGCAGCAUCAAGGAAUUCACACUGGGGAGAAGCCCUAUAAAUGCUUAGAGUGUGGGAAGAGCUUUGCUCAGGGAAUACAUCUUAAGAAGCAUCAAAGAAUUCACACUGGAGAGGAGCCCUAUAAAUGCUUAGAGUGUGGGAAGACCUUUGCUCAGAGGACAGCCCUUAAGCAGCAUCAGGGAAUUCACACUGGGGAGGAGCCCUAUAAAUGCUUACAGUGUGGGAAGAGCUUUACUCAAAGCACAAGCCUUAAGCUGCAUCAAAGAAUUCAUACUGGGGAGAAGCCCUAUAAAUGCUUAGAGUGCGGGAAGAGCUUUGCUCAAGGUAUUCAUCUUAAGCAGCAUCAAAGAAUUCACACAGGGGAGAAGCCCUAUAAAUGCUUUGAGUGUGGGAAGAGCUUUGCUCAGAAAAUACACCUUAAGCAGCAUCAAAGAAUUCACACUGGGGAGAAGCCCUAUAAAUGCUUUGAGUGCGGGAAGAGCUUUGCUCACCGCAACAGCCUUAAGCGGCAUCAAAGAACACACACUGGGGAGAAGCCCUAUAAAUGCUUAGAGUGUGGGAAGAGCUUUGGUCAGGGAAUACAUCUUAAGCAGCAUCAAAGAAUUCACACUGGAGAGGAGCCCUAUAAAUGCUUAGAGUGCGGGAAGUCCUUUGCUCAGAGGACAGCCCUUAAGCAGCAUCAAAGAAUUCACACUGGGGAGAAGCUCUAUAAAUGCUUUGAGUGUGGGAAGAGCUUUGCUCACAGCAGCAGCCUUAAGCAGCAUAAAAGAAUUCACAAUGGGGAGAUUCUCUAUAAAUGCUUAGAGUGCGGGAAGAGCUUUACUCGCAGCAGCAGCCUUAAGCUGCAUCAAAGAAUUCACACUGGGGAGAAGCCCUAUAAAUGCUUUGAGUGUGGGAAGAGCUUUGCUCAGAAAAUACACCUUAAGCUGCAUCAAAGAAUUCACACUGGGGAGGAGCCCUAUAAAUGCUUACAGUGUGGGAAGAGCUUUACUCAAAGCACAAGCCUUAAGCUGCAUCAAAGAAUUCACACUGGGGAGAAGCCCUAUAAAUGCUUAGAGUGCGGGAAGAGCUUUGCUCAAGGUAUUCAUCUUAAGCAGCAUCAAAGAAUUCACACUGGGGAGAAGCCCUAUAAAUGCUUUGAGUGUGGGAAGAGCUUUGCUCAGAAAAUGCACCUUAAGCUGCAUCAAAGAAUUCACACUGGGGAGAAGCCCUAUAAAUGCUUUGAGUGUGGGAAGAGCUUUGCUCAGAAAAUGCACCUUAAGCAUCAUCAAAGAAUUCACACUGGGGAGAAGCCCUAUAAAUGCUUUGAGUGAGGGAAGAGCUUUGCUCACAGCAGUAGCCUUAAGCCGCAUAAAAGCAUUCACACUGGGGAGAAGCCCUAGAAACGCUUUGAGUGUCGGAAGAUCUUUGCUCUGAGCUCACACCUUAAGCAGCAUCAAAGAAUUCUAAUUCACACUGGGGAGAAGCCCUAUAAAUGCUUUGAGUGUGGGAAGAGCUUUGCUCUCAGCUCACACCUUAAGCAGCAUCAAAGAAUUCACACUGGGGAGAAGCCCUAUAAAUGCAUAGAGUGUGGGAAGGGCUUUGUUGGGAGCUCACACCUAAAGCUGCAUCAAAGAAUUCACACUGGGGAGAAGCCCUAUAAAUGUUUAGGGUGCGGGAAGAGCUAUGGCCAGGGUAUACAUCUUAAGCAGCAUCAAAGAUUUCACACUGGGGAGAAGCCCUAUAAAUGCUUUGAGUGUGGGCAGACCUUUGUUGGGAGCUCACACCUAAAGCUGCAUCAAAGAAUUCACACUGGGGAGAAGCCCUAUAAAUGCUUUGAGUGUGGGCAGACCUUUGUUGUCAGCUCACACCUACAUCUGCAUCAAAGAAUUCACACUGGGGAGAAGCCCUAUAAAUGCUUAGAAUGCGGGAAGAGCUUUGCUCAGAACACACACCUUAAGCAGCAUCAAAGAAUUCACACUGGGGAGAAGCCGUAUAAAUGCUUUGAGUGCGGAAAGAGCUUUGCUCACAGCAGCAGCCUUAAGCAGCAUAAAAGAAUUCACACUGGGGAGAAGCCCUAUAAAUGCUUUGAGUGCGGGAAGAGCUUUGCUCACAGCAGCAGCCUUAAGCAGCAUAAAAGAAUUCACACUGGGGAGAAGCCCUAUAAAUGCUUUGAGUGCGGGAAGAGCUUUGCUGACAGCAACACCCUUAAGCAGCAUCAAAGAAUUCACACUGGGGAGAAGCGCUAUAAAUGCUUUGAGUGCGGGAAGAGCUUUGCUGACAGCAACACCCUUAAGCGGCAUCAAAGAAUUCACACUGGGGAGAAGCGCUAUAAAUGCUUUGAGUGCGGGAGGAGCUUUGCUGACAGCAGCACCCUUAAGCAGCAUCAAAGAAUUCACACCGGGGAGAAGCCCUAGAAAUGCUUUGAGUUUCAAUGCUUAGUGUGUGAAAGAAACUUCACUUUCAACUCACAACUUAACUUGCAUCAAAGAAUUCACACUGGGGAGAAGCCCUAUAAAUGCUUUGAGUGUGGGAAGAGCUUUGCUCUCAGCUCACGCCUUAAGCUGCAUCAACGAAUUCACACUGGGGAGAAGCCCCAUAAAUGCUUUGAGUGCGGGAAGAGCUUUGCUCUCAGCUCACGCCUUAAGCUGCAUCAACGAAUUCACACUGGGGAGAAGCCCCAUAAAUGCUUUGAGUGCGGGAAGAGCUUUGCUCUCAGCUCACGCCUUAAGCUGCAUCAAAGAAUUCACACUGGGGAGAAGCCCUAUAAAUGCUUAGAGUGUGGGAAGAGCUUUGCUCUCAGCUCACACCUUAAGCUGCAUCAACGAAUUCACACUGGGGAGAAGCCCUAUAAAUGUUUAGAGUGCGGGAAGAGCUAUGGCCAGGAUAUACAUCUUAAGCAUCAUCAAAGAAUUCACACUGGGGAGAAGCCCUAUAAAUGCUUAGAGUGUGGGAAGAGCUUUACUCAAUGCUCAAGCCUUAAGCAGCAUCAAAGAAUUCACACUGGGGAGAAGCCCUAUAAAUGCUUUGAAUGUGGGAAGACUUUUGCUCAGAGCACACAGCUUAAGCGGCAUCAACGAAUUCACACUGGGGAGAAGCCCUAUAAAUGCAUUGAGUGUGGGAAGAGCUUUGCUCUCAGCUCACACCUUAAGCAUCAUCAACAAAUUCACACUGGGGAGAAGCCCUAUAAAUGCAUAGAGUGCGGGAAGAGCUUUGCUUGCAGCUCACACCUUAAGGUGCAUCAACGAAUUCACACUGGGGAGAAGCCCUAUAAAUGCUUUGAGUGUGGGAAGAGCUUUGCUCUCAGCUCACGCCUUAAGCUGCAUCAAAGAAUUCACACUGGGGAGAAGCCCUAUAAAUGCUUUGACUGCGGGAAGAGCUUUGCUCGGAGCACAAGCCUUAAGCAGCAUCAAGUAAUUCACACUGUGGAGAAGACCUAUAAAUGCUUAGAGUGUGGGAAGGACUUUCCUCGCAGAGAAACCCUUAUGAUGCAUCAAAGAAUUCACACUGGGGAGAAGCCCUAUAAAUGCUUAGAGUGCAGGAAGAGCUUUCUUCGCAGAGUUACCCUUAUGCUGCAUCAAACAAUUCACACUGGGGAGAAGCCCUAUAAAUGCUUUGAGUGUGAGAAGAGCUUUGCUCAGACCACACAACUUAAGCGGCAUCAAAGAAUUCACACUGGAGAGAAGCCCUAUAAAUGCUUUGAGUGCGGGAAGAGCUUUCUUGAAAGCAGCAAACUUCAGCAGCAUAAAAGAACUCACACUGGGGAGAAGCCCUAUAAAUGCUUUGAGUGCGGGAAGAGCUUUUCUGAAAGCAGCAAACUUAAGCAGCAUAAAAGAAUUCACACUGGGGAGAAGCCCUAUAAAUGCAUAGAGUGCGGAAAGAGCUUUACUCAAUGCUCAAGCCUUAAGCAGCAUCAAAGAAUUCACACUGGGGAGAAGCCCUAUAAAUGCUUUGAGUGUGAGAAGAGCUUUUGCGGGAAGAGCUUUCUUGAAAGCAGCAAACUUCAGCAGCAUAAAAGAACUCACACUGGGGAGAAGCCCUAUAAAUGCUUUGAGUGCGGGAAGAGCUUUUCUGAAAGCAGCAAACUUAAGCAGCAUGAAAGAAUUCACACUUGGGAGAAGCCCUAUAAAUGCAUAGAGUGCGGAAAGAGCUUUACUCAAUGCUCAAGCCUUAAUCAGCAUCAAAGAAUUCACACUGGGGAGAAGCCCUAUAAAUGCUUAGAGUGUGGGGAGAACUUUGCUCAGAGGUCACAGCCUAAGCAGCAUGAAGUAAUUCACACUGGUGAGAAGCCCUAUAAAUGCUUUGAGUGCAGGAAGAGCUUUGCUCGCAGAGAUACCCUUAUGCUGCAUCAAAGAAUUCACACUGGGGAGAAGCACUAUAAAUGCUUAGAGUGUGGGAAGGACUUUCCUCGCAGAGAAACCCUUAUGAUGCAUCAAAGAAUUCACACUGGGGAGAAGCCCUAUAAAUGCUUUGAGUGCGGGAAGAGCGUUCCUCGCAGAGAUACCCUUAUGCUGCAUCAAACAAUUCACACUGGGGAGAAGCCCUAUAAAUGCUUUGAGUGUGAGAAGAGCUUUGCUCAGACCACACAACUUAAGCGGCAUCAAAGAAUUCACACUGGCGAGAAGCCCUAUAAAUGCUUUGAGUGCGGGAAGAGCUUUGCUAAAAGCAGCAGCCUUAAGUGGCAUCAAAGAAUUUUAGCCCCCCAGAGGGUAUGGAAACCCGAAGAUUCUGGGGGAAACUGGCCAGGUGGUUACCAGAGCUGCACUCCUGGAACAAUCCUCAUGGCCAUGGGGACUCACAGCGUCAGGCAAAGUUUAUUCCUCCUAGAUCAGCAGCAUUCUAACAAAUAUCAAAGGUUUCAAUGCUUAGUGUGUGAAAGAAACUUCACUUUCCACUCACAACUUAACCUGCAUAAAAGAAUUCACACUGGGGAGAAGUCCUAUAAAUGCUUUGAGUGUGGGAAGAGCUUUGCUCUCAGCUCACACCUUAAGCAGCAUCAAAGAAUUCAUACGGGGGAGACGCCCUAUAAAUGCUUUGAGUGUGGGAAGACCUUUGCUCGCAGAGAAACCCUUAUGCUGCAUCAAAGAAUUCACACUGGGGAGAAGCCCUAUAAAUGCUUAGAAUGCGGGAAGACCUUUGCUCAGAGCACACACCUUAAGCUGCAUCAAAGAAUUCACACUGGGGAGAAGCCCUAUAAAUGCUUUGAGUGUGGGAAGACCUUUGCUCUCAGCUCACACCUUAAGCAGCAUCAACGAAUUCACACUGGGGAGAAGCCCUAUAAAUGCAUAGAGUGUGGGAAGAGAUUUGCUUGCAGCUCACACCUUAAGCUGCAUCAAAGAAUUCACACUGGGGAGAAGCCUUAUAAAUGCUUUGAGUGUGGGAAGAGCUUUGUUGUGAGCUCAAACCUUAAGCAGCAUCAACGAAUUCACACUGGGGAGAAGGCCUAUAAAUGCAUAGAGUGUUGGAAGAGCUUUGCUUGCAGCUCACACCUUAAGGUGCAUCAACAAAUUCACACUGGGGAGAAGCCCUAUAAAUGCUUUGAGUGCGGAAAGAGCUUUCUUGAAAGCAGAAAACUUCAGCAGCAUAAAAGAACUCACACUGGGGAGAAGCCCUAUAAAUGCUUAGAGUGCGGGAAGACCUUUGCUCAGAGCAAAGUCCUUAAGCAGCAUCAAAGAAUUCACACUGGGGAGAAGCCCUAUAAAUGCUUAGAGUGCGGGAAGACCUUUCUUGAAAGCAGAAAACUUCAGCAGCAUAAAAGAACUCACACUGGGGAGAAGCCCUAUAAAUGCUUAGAGUGCGGGAAGAGCUUUGCUCAGAGCAAAGUCCUUAAGCAGCAUCAAAGAAUUCACACUGGGGAGAAGCCCUAUAAAUGCUUAGAGUGCGGGAAGAGCUUUGCUCGCAGAGAAACCCUUAUGCUGCAUCAAAGAAUUCACACUGGGGAGAAGCCCUAUAAAUGCUUAGAGUGUGGGAAGAACUUUGCUCAGAGGUCACAGCUUAAGCAGCAUGAAGUAAUUCACACUGGGGAGAAGCCCUAUAAAUGCUUUGAGUGCGGGAAGAGCUUUGCUCGCAGAGAUACCCUUAUGCUGCAUCAAAGAAUUCACACUGGGGAGAAGCCCUAUAAAUGCUUAGAGUGUGGGAAGGACUUUGCUCAGAGGUCACAGCUUAAGCUGCAUCAAGUAAUUCACACUGAGGAGAAGCCCUAUAAAUGCUUUGAGUGCGGGAAGAGCUUUCCUCGCAGAGAAACCCUUAUGCUGCAUCAAACAAUUCACACUGGGGAGAAGCCCUAUAAAUGCUUUGAGUGCGGGAAGAGCUUUGCUCAGACCACACAACUUAAGCGGCAUCAAAGAAUUCACACUGGCGAGAAGCCCAAUAAAUGCUUAGAGUGCGGGAAGAGCUUUGCUGACAGCAUCAGCCUUAAGCGGCAUCAAACAAUUCACACUGGGGAGAAGCCCUAUAAAUGCUUUGAGUGCGAGAAGAGCUUUGCUCAGACCACACAACUUAAGCGGCAUCAAAGAAUUCACACUGGGGAGAAGCCCUAUAAAUGCUUUGAGUGCGGGAAGAGCUUUUCUGAAAGCAGCAAACUUAACAGCAGCCUUAAGCGGCAUCAAAGAAUUCACACUGGGGAGAAGCCCUAUAAAUGCUUUGAGUGCGGGAAGAGCUUUUCUCAGAGCACAAACCUUAAGCAUCAUCAAAGACUUCACACUGGGGAGAAGCCCUAUAAAUGCUUUGAGUGCGGGAAGAGCUUUGCUCAGAGCAGGAACCUUAAGCUGCAUCAAAGAAUUCACACUGGGGAGAAGCCCCAUAAAUGCUUUGAGUGCGGGAAGAGCUUUGCUCGUGGUAUACAUCUUAAGAGUCAUCAAAGAAUUCACACUGAGGAGAAGCCCUAUAAAUGCUUACAAUGCGGUAAGAGCUUUUCUCGGAGCACAAACCUUAAGCAUCAUCAAAGAAUUCACACUGGGGAGAAGCCCUAUAAAUGCUUUGAGUGCGGGAAGAGCUUUGCUCAGAGCAGGAACCUUAAGCUGCAUCAAAGAAUUCACACUGGGGAGAAGCCGUAUAAAUGCUUUGAGUGCAGGAAGAGCUUUACUCAGAGCAGCAGCCUUAAGCUGCAUCAAAGAAUUCACACUGGGGAGAAGCCAUAUAAAUGCUUUGAGUGCGAGAAGAGCUUUGCUCAGAGAACACACCUUAAGCGGCAUCAAAGAAUUCACACUGGGGAGAAGCCCUGUAAAUGCUUUGAGUGCGGGAAGAGCUUUUCUGAAAGAAGCAAACUUAAGCUGCAUCAAAGAAAUCACACUGGGGAGAACCCCAUGAAUAAGCCCUAUAAAUGCUUUGAGUGUGGGAAAUGCUUUGCUCUCAGCUCACACCUUAAGCAGCAUCAACGAAUCCACACUGGGGAGAAGCCCUAUAAAUGCUUAGAGUGUGGGAAAUGCUUUGCUCUCAGCUCACACUUUAAGCAGCAUCAACGAAUUCACACUGGGGAGAAGCCCUUUAAAUGCUUAGAGUGUGGGAAAUGCUUUGCUCUCCGCUCACACCUUAAGCGGCAUCAACGAAUCCACACUGGGGAGAAGCCCUAUAAAUGCUUUGAGUGCGGGAAGACCUUUGCUCGGAGCACACAGCUUAAGCAGCAUCAAGGAAUUCACACUGGGGAGAAGCCCUAUAAAUGCUUUGAGUGUGGGAAGACCUUUGCUCGGAGCACACAGCUUAAGCAGCAUCAAGGAAUUCACACUGGGGAGAAGCCCUAUAAAUGCUUAGAGUGUGGGAAGACCUUUGCUCGGAGCACACAUCUUAAGCAGCAUCAAGGAAUUCACACUGGGGAGAAGCCCUAUAAAUGCUUUGAGUGUGGGCAGACCUUUGUUCAGAGUUCAAACCUAAAGCAGCAUCAAGGAAUUCACACUGGGGAGAAGCCCUAUAAAUGCUUUGAGUGCGGGAAAUGCUUUGCUCAGAGUAGCUACCUUAAGCGGCAUCUACGAAUCCACACUGGGGAGAAACCCUAUAAAUGCUUAGAGUGUGGGAAGAGCUUUGCUCAGAGCAAACACCUUAAGCUGCAUCAACGAAUUCACACUGGGGAGAAGCCCUUUAAAUGCUUUGAGUGUGGGAAGAGCUUUGCUCAGAGCAGCAGCCUUAAGCUGCAUCAAGGAAUUCACACUGGGGAGAAGCCCCAUAAAUGCUUUGAGUGCGGGAAGAGCUUUGCUCAUGGUAUACAACUUAAGAGGCAUCAAAGAAUUCACACUGGGGAGAAGCCCUAUGAAUGCUUUGAGUGCGGGAAGAGCUUUGCUCAGAGCUUCAGCCUAAAGCUGCAUAAAAGAAUUCACACUGGGGAGAAGCCCUAUAAAUGCUUUGAGUGUGGGAAGACCUUUGCUCGGAGCACACAGCUUAAGCAGCAUCAAGGAAUUCACACUGGGGAGAAGACCUAUAAAUGCUUAGAGUGUGGGAAGACCUUUGCUCAGAGCACACAGCUUAAGCAGCAUCAAGGAAUUCACACUGGGGAGAAGCCCUAUAAAUGCUUUGAGUGUGGGCAGACCUUUGUUCAGAGUUCAAACCUAAAGCAGCAUCAAGGAAUUCACACUGGGGAGAAGCCCUAUAAAUGCUUUGAGUGCGGGAAAUGCUUUGCUCAGAGUAGCUACCUUAAGCGGCAUCAACAAAUCCACACUGGGGAGAAACCCUAUAAAUGCUUAGAGUGUGGGAAGAGCUUUGCUCAGAGCAUACACCUUAAGCUGCAUCAACGAAUUCACACUGGGGAGAAGCCCUUUAAAUGCUUUGAGUGUGGGAAGAGCUUUGCUCAGAGCAGCAGCCUUAAGCUGCAUCAAGGAAUUCACACUGGGGAGAAGCCCCAUAAAUGCUUUGAGUGUGGGAAGAGCUUUGCUCAUUGUAUACAACUUAAGAGGCAUCAAAGAUUUCACACUGGGGAGAAGCCCUAUGAAUGCUUUGAGUGCGGGAAGAGCUUCAGAGCUAGUAGAGACAUUCUGCGGCAUCAAAGAAUUCACACUGGGGAGAAGCCCUAUAAAUGCUUAGAAUGCGGGAAGAGCUUUGCUCAGAGCACACUCCUUAAGCGGCAUCAAAGAAUUCACACCGGGGAGAAGCCCUAUAAAUGCUUAGAAUGCGGGAAGAGCUUUGCUCAGGGUAUACAUCUUAAGCGGCAUCAAGGAAUUCACACUGGAGAGAAGCCCUAUAAAUGCUUAGAAUGCGGGAAGAGCUUUGCUCUGAGCUCACACCUUAAGCGGCAUCAAAGAAUUCACACUGGGGAGAAGCCCUAUAAAUGCUUAGAGUGCGGGAAGAGCUUUGCUCAGGGUAUACACCUUAAGCGGCAUCAAGGAAUUCACAAUGGGGAGAAGCUCUAUAAAUGCUUUGAGUGUGGGAAGAGCUUUGCUCAGGGAAUACAUCUUAAGCAGCAUCAAAGAAUUCACACUGGGGAGAAGCCCUAUAAAUGCUUUGAGUGUGGGAAGAGCUUUGCUCAGAAAAUAAACCUUAAGCUGCAUCAAAGAAUUCACACUGGGGAGAAGCCCUAUAAAUGCUUUGAGUGCGGGAAGAGCUUUGCUCACCGCAACAGACUUAAGCAGCAUCAAAGAAUACACACUGGGGAGAAGCCCUAUAAAUGCUUAGAGUGCGGGAAGAGCUUUACUCGCAGCAGCAACCUUAAGCGGCAUCAAGGAAUUCACACUGGGGAGAAGCCCUAUAAAUGCUUAGAGUGUGGGAAGAGCUUUGUUCAGAGAAUACAUCUUAAGCAGCAUCAAAGAAUUCACACUGGGGAGAAGCCCUAUAAAUGCUUUGAGUGUGGGAAGAGCUUUUCUGAAAGCAGCAAACUUAAGCUGCAUCAAAGAAUUCACACUGGAGAGAAGCCCCAUGAAUGCUUAAAGAAUGGGAUGAGCUUUGCUCGCAGCACAAGUCCUAAGCAGCAUCAAAGAAUUCACACUGGGGAGAAGCCCUAUAAAUGCUUUGAGUGCGGGAAGAGCUUUGCUCACCGCAACAGACUUAAGCAGCAUCAAAGAAUACACACUGGGGAGAAGCCCUAUAAAUGAUUUGAGUGAGGGAAGAGCUUUGCUCAGAGCACACUCCUUAAGCGGCAUCAAAGAAUUCACACUGGGGAGAAGCCCUAUAAAUGCUUAGAAUGCGGGAAGAGCUUUGCUCAGGGUAUACAUCUUAAGCGGCAUCAAGGAAUUCACACUGGAGAGAAGCCCUAUAAAUGCUUAGAAUGCGGGAAGAGCUUUGCUCUGAGCUCACACCUUAAGCGGCAUCAAAGAAUUCACACUGGGGAGAAGCCCUAUAAAUGCUUAGAGUGCGGGAAGAGCUUUGCUCAGGGUUUACACCUUAAGCAGCAUCAAGGAAUUCACACUGGGGAGAAGCCCUAUAAAUGCUUAGAGUGUGGGAAGAGCUUUGCUCAGGGAAUACAUCUUAAGCAGCAUCAAAGAAUUCACACUGGAGAGGAGCCCUAUAAAUGCUUAGAGUGCGGGAAGAGCUUUGCUCUGGGUUCACAACUUAACUUGCAUGAAAGAAUUCACACUGGGGAGAAGCCCUAUAAAUGCUUUGAGUGUGGGAAGAGCUUUGCUCUCAGCUCACACCUUAAGCAGCAUCAACGAAUUCACACUGGGGAGAAGCCCUAUAAAUGCAUUGAAUGUGGGAAGAGCUUUGCUCGCAGCUCACUCCUUAAGCUGCAUCAACGAAUUCACACUGGAGAAAAGCCCUAUAAAUGCUUUGAGUGUGGGAAGAGCUUUGCUCUCAGCUCACGCCUUAAGCUGCAUCAAAGAAUUCACACUGGGGAGAAGCCCUAUAAAUGCUUAGAGUGUGGGAAGAGCUUUCCUCAGAGCACAGCCCUUAAGCUGCAUCAAAGAAUUCACACUGGGGAGAAGCCCUAUAAAUGCUUAGAGUGUGGGAAGAGCUUUCCUCAGAGCACAGCCCUUAAGAGGCAUCAAAGAAUUCACACUGGGGAGAAGCCCUAUAAAUGCUUAGAGUGUGGGAAGAGCUUUGCUCUCAGCUCACACCUUAAGCUGCAUCAACGAAUUCACACUGGGGAGAAGCCCUAUAAAUGUUUAGAGUGCGGGAAGAGCUAUGGCCAGGGUAUACAUCUUAGGCAGCAUCAAAGAAUUCACACUGGGGAGAAGCCCUAUAAAUGCUUUGAGUGUGGGCGGACCUUUGUUGGGAGCUCACACCUAAAGCUGCAUCAAAGAAUUCACACUGGGGAGAAGCCCUAUAAAUGCUUUGAGUGUGGGCGGACCUUUGUUGGGAGCUCACACCUACAGCUGCAUCAAAGAAUUCACACUGGGGAGAAGCCCUAUAAAUGCUUAGAAUGCGGGAAGAGCUUUGCUCAGAACACACACCUUAAGCAGCAUCAAAGAAUUCACACUGGGGAGAAGCCCUAUAAAUGCUUUGAGUGUGGGCGGACCUUUGUUGGGAGCUCACACCUACAGCUGCAUCAAAGAAUUCACACUGGGGAGAAGCCCUAUAAAUGCUUAGAAUGCGGGAAGAGCUUUGCUCAGAACACACACCUUAAGCAGCAUCAAAGAAUUCACACUGGGGAGAAGCCGUAUAAAUGCUUUGAGUGUGGGAAGAGCUUUGCUCACAGCAGCAGCCUUAAGCAGCAUAAAAGAAUUCACACUGGGGAGAAGUGCUAUAAAUGCUUUGAGUGCGGGAAGAUGUUUGAAAAACAAUUCACUUUCCACUCACAACUUAACUUGCAUAAAAGAAUUCACACUGGGGAGAAGCCCUAUAAAUGCUUUGAGUGCGAGAAGAGCUUUGCUGACAGCAGCAGCCUUAAGCGGCAUCAAAGAAUUCACACUGGGGAGAAGCCCUAUAAAUGCUUUGAGUGCGGGAAGAGCUUUUCUCAGAGCACAAACCUUAAGCAUCAUCAAAGACUUCACACUGGGGAGAAGCCCUAUAAAUGCUUUGAGUGCGGGAAGAGCUUUGCUCAGAGCAGCAGCCUUAAGCUGCAUCAAAGAAUUCACACUGGGGAGAAGCCCCAUAAAUGCUUUGAGUGCGGGAAGAGCUUUGCUCGUGGUAUACAUCUUAAGAGUCAUCAAAGAAUUCACACUGAGGAGAAGCCCUAUAAAUGCUUACAAUGCGGGAAGAGCUUUUCUCGGAGCACAAACCUUAAGCAUCAUCAAAGAAUUCACACUGGGGAGAAGCCCUAUAAAUGCUUUGAGUGCGGGAAGAGCUUUGCUCAGAGCAGGAACCUUAAGCUGCAUCAAAGAAUUCACACUGGGGAGAAGCCGUAUAAAUGCUUUGAGUGCAGGAAGAGCUUUACUCAGAGCAGCAGCCUUAAGCUGCAUCAAAGAAUUCACACUGGGGAGAAGCCAUAUAAAUGCUUUGAGUGCGAGAAGAGCUUUGCUCAGAGAACACACCUUAAGCGGCAUCAAAGAAUUCACACUGGGGAGAAGCCCUAUAAAUGCUUUGAGUGCGGGAAGAGCUUUUCUGAAAGAAGCAAACUUAAGCUUCAUCAAAGAAUUCACACUGGGGAGAAGCCCCAUAAAUGCUUUGAGUGCGGGAAGAGCUUCGCUCGAAGCACAAACCUUAAGCAUCGUCAAAGAAUUCACACUGAGAUGAAGCCAUAUAAAUGUACGGGAUGUGGGGAAAGCUUCAGCUUGUGUGAAAGAAACUUCACUUUCAACUCACAACUUAACUUGCAUCAAAGAAUUCACACUGGGGAGAAGCCCUAUAAAUGCAUAGAGUGUGGGAAGGGCUUUGCUCGCAGCUCACACCUUAAGCAGCAUCAAAGAAUUCACACUGGGGAGAAGCCCUAUAAAUGCAUAGAGUGUGGGAAGGGCUUUGCUCGCAGCUCACACCUUAAACUGCAUCAACAAAUUCAUACUGGGGAGAAGCCCUAUAAAUGCAUAGAGUGUGGGAAGGGCUUUGCUCUCAGCUCACGCCUUAAGCUGCAUCAAAGAAUUCACACUGGGGAGAAGCCCUAUAAAUGUUUAGAGUGCGGGAAGAGCUAUGGCCAGGGUAUACAUCUUAAGCAGCAUCAAAGAUUUCACACUGGGGAGAAGCCCUAUAAAUGCUUUGAGUGUGGGCAGACCUUUGUUGGGAGCUCACACCUAAAGCUGCAUCAAAGAAUUCACAAUGGGGAGAAGCCCUAUAAAUGCUUUGAGUGUGGGCAGACCUUUGUUGUCAGCUCACACCUACAUCUGCAUCAAAGAAUUCACACUGGGGAGAAGCCCUAUAAAUGCUUAGAAUGCGGGAAGAGCUUUGCUCAGAACACACACCUUAAGCAGCAUCAAAGAAUUCACACUGGGGAGAAGCCGUAUAAAUGCUUUGAGUGCGGAAAGAGCUUUGCUCACAGCAGCAGCCUUAAGCAGCAUAAAAGAAUUCACACUGGGGAGAAGCCCUAUAAAUGCUUUGAGUGCGGGAAGAGCUUUGCUCACAGCAGCAGCCUUAAGCAGCAUAAAAGAAUUCACACUGGGGAGAAGCGCUAUAAAUGCUUUGAGUGCGGGAAGAGCUUUGCUGACAGCAACACCCUUAAGCGGCAUCAAAGAAUUCACACUGGGGAGAAGCGCUAUAAAUGCUUUGAGUGCGGGAAGAGCUUUGCUAACAGCAGCACCCUUAAGCAGCAUCAAAGAAUUCACACCGGGGAGAAGCCCUAGAAAUACAAAGUGUGUGAAAGAAACUUCACUUUCCACUCACAACUUAACUUGCAUCAAAGAAUUCACACUGGGGAGAAGCCCUAUAAAUGCUUUGAGUGUGGGAAGAGCUUUUCUGAAAGCAGCAAACUUAAGCUGCAUCAAAGAAUUCACACUGGAGAGAAGCCCCAUGAAUGCUUAAAGAAUGGGAUGAGCUUUGCUCGCAGCACAAGUCCUAAGCAGCAUCAAAGAAUUCACACUGGGGAGAAGACCUAUAAAUGCUUUGAGUGCGGGAAGAGCUUUGCUGACAGCAGCAGCCUUAAGCGGCAUCAAAGAAUUCACACUGGGGAGAAGCCCUAUAAAUGCUUUGAGUGCGGGAAGAGCUUUGCUCAGAGCACAAACCUUAAGCAUCAUCAAAGACUUCACACUGGGGAGAAGCCCUAUAAAUGCUUUGAGUGCGGGAAGAGCUUUGUUCAGAGCAGGAGCCUUAAGCUGCAUCAAGGAAUUCACACUGGGGAAAAGCCCCAUAAAUGCUUUGAGUGCGGGAAGAGCUUUGCUCAUGGUGUACAACUUAAGAGUCAUCAAAGAAUUCACACUGGGAAGAAGCCCUAUAAAUGCUUUGAGUGCGGGAAGAGCUUUGCUCAGAGCAGCAGCCUUAAGCUGCAUCAACGAAUUCACACUGGGGAGAAGCCCCAUAAAUGCUUUGAGUGCGGGAAGAGUUUUGCUCGUGGUACACAUCUUAAGAGUCAUCAAAGAAUUCACACUGAGGAGAAGCCCUAUAAAUGCUUAGAAUGCGGGAAGAGCUUUGCUCGGAGCACAAACCUUAAGCAUCAUCAAAGAAUUCACACUGGGGAGAAGCCCUAUAAAUGCUUUGAGUGCGGGAAGAGCUUUGCUCAGAGUAGGAACCUUAAGCUGCAUCAAAGAAUUCACACUGGGGAGAAGCCCUAUAAAUGCUUUGAGUGCGGGAAGAGCUUUGUUCAGAGCAGCAGCCUUAAGCUGCAUCAAAGAAUUCACACUGGGGAGAAGCCCUAUAAAUGCUUUGAGUGCGAGAAGAGCUUUGCUCAGAGAACACACCUUAAGCGGCAUCAAAGAAUUCACACUGGGGAGAAGCCCUAUACAUGCUUUGAGUGCGGGAAGAGCUUUUCUGAAAGCAGGAACCUUAAGCUGCAUCAAAGAAUUCACACUGGGGAGAACCCCAUGAAUAAGCCCUAUUAAUGCUUUGAGUGCGGGAAGAGCUUUGCUCACAGCAGUAGCCUUAAGCAGCAUAAAAGCAUUCACACUGGAGAGAAGCCCUAG